CGGCCGCUGUCACAGCAGUCCAUGCAAAUCGUGCCAGAUCUAAGAGUGCAGAUUUGAGAGUAUCAGACCAUUCCAGUUAUCCGUCCUGAAGCCGAUGCAAAUCACACUACUGUUAAUGCUCCUCGGGGACUGAGCUGCCACAGCUGCGCUGGCUCCACUCAGUGGCCUCUGGUGGACAUUUAGAGAACAAGGUCCUCCCUCUAUGCAAUUGUGUUGUUAUUGACCGGCGGAGGGAAAAGGAGCGGGUCGAUAAGUGGAUCAGAUUUAUUAACCUUCCAGAUUGGCUACAGUACGCCACAUGUCAGAGGAGCCACGGUCUCCGGGACUGCACACUGCGCAUUUCAUUUAGGCGAGAGGAGCGCCAGACAGCGUGUCUGCAAGUGCGGCACAAUUUCAAGUGGAAGGGAAAGUCGACCAGCAGCAUGGACGUGGUGAAGAGUGCCGUCUUUAUCCACAUUCUCCUGUGUCCGGCAUUGUCCCGGCACUCUUACAUGGACAGCAUCCUCUCGGCGCACUCGGCCCUCAGGUUUCUGGAUGAGCCGAUGAGGUUUGACCCCUGUUGUCUCAUGUCACCUCCUCCGCCACCUCUGUUCCCCCCUCCGCCUCGGCUCUGGAAGCGGGGCAACCCUGAAGCCAUCGGCAUAUCAGAGGUAUCUGAAGGAGAGGUGCCAGAAAAACAAAAGCCUGUAAUGCCGGGUUGCUCACCUGGACCCCCAGGACCUCCAGGUCCUCCAGGCCCAGAGGGUCACGGUGGAUUACCUGGCAUAAGGGGACCAAAGGGGGAGAAGGGAGAAAUUGGACGUCCGGGGUUAAAGGGUCGUACUGGAGCUCCAGGUCUUCCAGGGAAACAAGGUCUUCCAGGAUGGCCUGGUCCAGAGGGACCCAAGGGUGAGAAGGGAGAUCCAGGCCUCAUGGGUUUACCAGGACUGAGAGGACCACCGGGAACAAAGGGUUUGCCUGGUUACAAAGGAGACAAGGGCAGUCGUGGUGAUCCCGGCUCAGCAGGACCAAAAGGCGACAAGGGUUCCAUUGGUUUGCCUGGGAUGCUGGGCCAGAAGGGUGAACAGGGACCAAAGGGAGAGCCAGGAGUGCCAGGGAAGAGAGGACCGACUGGACGUCCUGGGAAGAGAGGCAAACAGGGCACAAAGGGUCAAACUGGAGCCCCUGGACUAAUGGGGCCUCCAGGACCCCAAGGUCCUAACGGCCACCCUGGGCCACCUGGACCUCCUGCCUCAGGUCUUUAUCUGGUAGGGGAGAAAGGGGAGAAGGGUCUUCCAGGUCCACCAGGUCAGUGUAACUGUGACACCGUCUCUGGAGGAAAUAACGCCCCCUUUGGAAGCUACAGACGGCGUGGCAACAAUAAAGUCUCUGCAAUAUACGUGGUGAGCAGUGAGGAAGAGAUGGACAGCCUGCAACAAGACAAUGCAAUAGCAUUCAGGAAGGAUCAGAGGAUACUGUACUUUAAGGAUAAAGAUGGAUGGCAGCCCAUUCAGCCCUUCCAGCCGUUUCAGUCAACAGAGAAAGUCCCUGAUAGGGUUGGCGCAUGCGGCGAUGGGAAGGUGCAGGCCCAGCACGGAGAGGAGUGUGAUGAUGGAAACCAGAUUGUCACCGAUGCCUGUCUAAACUGCAAGUGGGCCUACUGUGGAGAUGGCUACCGACAUGAAGGCAUGGAGGAGUGUGAUGGAAAGGACUUUGGUUAUCAGACCUGCAAGUCCUACCUUCCUGGAUCUUUUGGGCAUCUCAGAUGCACUGACUCUUGCCUCAUUGAUUCCACUGGCUGCAAGUACUUCACCUGAAUUCAGAAGUUUAAGAAAAUGGCUACAGUGGAUCUUUGCAGUUCCUCUUUCUGAUCGACAGGGACUAAACUUCAUAUUUCGACUGAAGUUUCACCUCCCAUUAAUAACUGACUGAGAGGGUGUGAGAAAAGGACGUUCUUCUGCUGAUCUGAGCCAUGAAAUGCGUUGGGAGUCAGCUUGAAAUCGACUGUCCCUGUUACGGUUUAAUCUUGAAUUGGCCUCAGAGAGCGGCUCCUUGCUGCUGUCACAUCAUUGGAUGCAGGACUGUUAUGGACUGAUGGGCAGACGGAAAACAUUUUAACGUUUUAAUGAUUGUAUCAUGUACAAUAGUUACAAUGUGUAUGACAUACUGACUGUUAAUGCAGAAAUAAGCUACGUUCUAAAGUCAUUUUUAAUAUGGAAGAGGAAAAAAAAGCCUUUUCAAAAGGCAGUAAUAUUAUAGGUACUCUAUGUACUGUAGUAUGCAAAUCAGGUCAUGUAAAUUGUUUAUUCCUGUGCAAUGUAUAACAAACCAUAUAUUUAUGAAGUGCAAUGCUGUGAUAUUGCAUGUAAAUGUGCACCAGUGAACAUCAGACAGCUUUAAGCAGCGCUGUAAAUGUACAAUCCAAAGUGCGGCCCUCUAGAAGUGAAUGAAUCAGGCAGAAGGAGAAUUUAUUGUUUUAUUGCAACAACAGUGAAAAAAAGAGUAGCUGUGAUUACUGCAGCAGCAUGAAGUUACAUCUAAAUGACACCAAACUGAAUCCAGUAACAUGUGAUUAGUUGAUAAUCAGCUUGCAUGACUGUAUAUUUAUAUAAUAAAAAAUAAAAUAAAAUACACUGUACAUUGAAAAUAAAGAUUAGGUCUACUACACUA